AUGCCAACCGUAAGAAAAACAGUGAUGUUCUUAGGAGGAUCCCUGGCCAACGGUGGUUCCCUUAUAAUGAUAUGUGCUGUGCUGGCAACCAAAGAGUGGGUCAGCGCUGUGAUUACAUGCAAGGGGUCAGCCAAUCACACUGGGAACGUCACACUUGAGUAUGGGCUUUUCGAAGGCAAGGGGGAACACAUCUUCUGCCCUAAUGUUGGGGGGCUUAUUCAGUCCUUUAAAGUCUUGGAAUCUCUGGAACACUUUGGUCCUUCUAAAUCUCUACACAUCACGGUUAUAACCUGCCUGUGUCUCGGGCUUUUGGGUUCAAUAUGCAGCUUUGGAAUCACUCUAUAUAACAGCUUCAGCAACCCUUACGAAACAUACCUGGGACCUCUCGGUGUUUAUGUCUGCAGUUCAGUAAGCGCAAUUUUCCCUUUUUUCUCAAUGGUUCUAUUCGUGGUGAACACAGAGGUAUAUCAUUUAUCAGUAAAAAUGGCUCAAAACAAAAUUGAUAGCCCACUUGUGACUCUGAGUAACGCCAAAAACUCAAUCGGAUACUCAUACUACCUCAUGAUUCCUGCUUUUUUCUGCAAUCUGUUUGUCAUUAUCAUCAUCAACGUUUACCAGCACGCCAGCUACACUCAAAAGAAGGCGCAGCAGAGACCCGUGGAAGACGCCCCAAAAGACGUCAUGAUGUAUUAGUGCUACUUCUGCAGUUAAGACUUUUGCAAAGGGUUAGGGUAUCUCCUGGCAACGUUUCCCAACAGAAAAAUAAUUUAGUUUUCUUAGUAGUUAUUAUAAUAAUUAAUUAAUUAUUAUAUAAUUAUGUUGCAUUCAUCGUGUCACAUUUGUGUCUGUCUGUAGCUAUUUAAACUGCCCUUGCUUGUACCAUCAUUUUCCCGUAUGAUUGUCCAAUGCUUCUGGAAUUUUAUUGUGUUAUUUUGUUUACUGUUUGCAAGACGUUCAGUAGUGGCUAAUGAUGUUAGUUUCAGCUACGCUACUCCAAAACAUUCAAAACCUGGGGCAAAGUUAACUGUGGCUUUGACCUUUGUAAAGCCCUGUUCACACUUGCAUUUUCAUACCGGUAGUUGCGGAACAGAAUCGCAAAGUCUGUUCACACGAGUUGUUACCAGAGUCGAACUGGUAUAACCGCAGCGUCACAAAACCAAGUCAAGAGCAAGUUUCGUACCGGUGUGGAGUUAUUUUGUGGUACGCCUUAAACAGUGUUACACCGUGUACUGCAUUUGCCCGGGCACUCGCA